UAUCAAAUUAAACAUAAAUCAUGGGGUUAUCAUCUCUAUGCUUAAUAAUUGUGUCCAUCUAUAUCCUUUCAACAAUUGUAUUGUUCCAUCUUGUGGUGGCCAACUCUUUGCAGUCAUAUAAUACUCCUACUUGCCAUGAUGACGAGAUCUAUGCCUUGCUGCAAUUCAAGCAAAGUUUUGUCAUUAGAAAGUUUGCUUCAGAGUAUGAGGGUGCUUAUCCAAAGAUUUCUUCAUGGAAAUCAAACAGCAGUUGCUGCUCAUGGGAUGGCGUAGAGUGUGAUGAGAAGACGGGUCACGUGAUUGGGCUUGAUCUUAGUAGCAGUUGUCUCUAUGGCUCUUUCAGCUCCAACAACACCUUAUUCAGUCUUGUUCAUCUUCAGCGUCUAAACCUCGCUUAUAAUGACUUCAUAGGAUCUGAAGUUCCCACUAGCAUCAGGAACUUUCCAAGGCUCAGGUAUCUCAACCUCUCUUACUCUGCCUUUUCUGGUCAUGUCCCAUCCGAAGUUCGACAACUGUCUAAGUUGUCUUCCCUUGAUCUAUCUCGCAAUUAUGAUAUGUUUUCCAAUGAAGAAUUGUUAAGAAGCCUAGCUCAAAAUUUAACUGGCCUACAAACACUUGAUCUUUCUUCCAUUAAUAUAUCAUCCACAGUACCCGACACCUUGGCAAAUUUGUCUCUUUUGACAUCCCUCACCCUUGAUGAUUGCGGCCUGUCUGGCAAAUUACCUGGAAGAAUCUUUAAAUUGCAAAAUUUGAAGGUUCUUAGUGUGAGCUACAACUUUGCUCUCACAGGAAAUGAAGAAUUGUUGAGAAGCCUAGCUCAAAAUUUAACUAGCCUAGAAACACUUGAUCUUUCUUAUAUUAAUAUAUCAUCCACAGUACCCGACACCCUGACAAAUUUGUCUCUUUUGACAUCCCUCAUCCUUGAUGACUGCGGGCUGUCUGGCAAAUUACCAAAAAGAAUCUUUAAAUUACAGAAUUUGAAGGUUCUUAGUGUGAGCUACAACCCUGCUCUCACGGGGUAUUUUCCUGAUGACUAUAGUGGAAGUAGUCCUGAUCUCAUGUCACUCAAACUCUCGUCCACUAAUUUUUUCAUAAACCUCCCUUCUUUGAUAGAAAGGUUUCCUUCACUGAAAGAGUUGGGUGUGAGAUCAUGCAAUAUUUCAGAAGGUCCGGUACCAUUGUCACUUGGUAAUCUUAGGGAUCUCAUCUAUUUGGACCUUUCAUAUAAUAAGUUUAAUGGUCAAAUCCCUACAGCUAUGUUGGGAAACCUUACCCAACUUACAUAUCUAUCACUUUCUAAUAAUUAUUUUCAUGGCUCAGUCCCCCAGUCCUUGUUCAAUCUCAUUAAUCUUCAGAACCUUUAUCUAGGAUAUAAUAAUUUGAGCGGUGUAGUAGAGUUUCACAUGUUUCUUAACCUACAAAAACUCACCAUCCUGGAUUUAUCUUAUAAUAAACUGGAAUUGCUCACUGAAUCUAGAUUUUUGAAUAAUGCAACUACCGUACUUCCAAAGUUUGAGUAUCUAAGAUUGGGUGGGUGCAACAUAAGAGAGUUCCCAGAUUUCCUAAGAUCUCAAGAAGCAUUGGUAUAUUUAGAUCUCUCUGGGAACAAAUUGCAAGGCCAAGUACCAAAAUGGAUGUGGAACAUAAGCACCCAAACUCUGCGAUACAUCAACAUUUCUCAUAACUUCCUGUCAGGCUUUGAGAAAACUGCAGCUGUCCUUCCCAGGAUUCACCUACUAUUCUUAGACCUGUCAUUCAAUAUGUUUCGUGAAUUAUUGUUGUUACCUUAUUUAACAUCCUUACCGUACUAUAACAUUGCAAACAACAACUUGACCGGACAAGUUUCACCAAUGAUUUGCAAUAUGACUUCUCUUGAAUAUCUUGAUUUGUCAAACAACAAGUUGAUUGGCAACUUACCGCAGUGUGGGGGAAACUUUAGUGCGAGUCUGGAAAUUCUGAAACUUGGAAACAAUUCAUUUCAUGGAAAUCUUCCUCAAUCAUACACCAAUGGAAGCAAUUUAAGGAUGAUAGAUAUUGGUCACAACAAUUUCCAUGGGCAACUACCAAGGUCACUGGCGAAUUGUGCAAGUCUUGAAUGCUUAGUCCUUUCACACAAUAAAUUUAAUGAUACCUUCCCCGUUUGGUUGGGGGCUCUCCCUGAGUUGAAAAUUUUGAAAAUGGACCACAAUGUGUUCUAUGGAGUGAUUCUGAAACAUGAUAAGAAGAAUAUUCAAUUCCCGGUGCUGCGUAUUCUUGAUUUGUCUUACAAUGAUUUCUCAGGUCAGUUUCCUUUUGAAUGCAUUUUUUCUGGAAAUGGAACAACAACUAUCACUCAUGAUUUGGAGUAUUACUCAAUCACGAUAAUCUGUAAAGGUGUGGAGAGAUACUACCCAAGAAUUCGAGAGGACUUGAUACUCAUUGACAUCUCAAGCAACAAUUUUGGAGGGCAGAUUCCUGAAUUCAUUGGGAAACUCCAGGGGAUUUGGUCACUCAAUCUCUCCAAUAACAUUCUCACCGGUCGCAUCCCAUCAUCCUUGAGCAACUUAUCAAGGCUUGAAUCGUUGGACCUUUCACAUAACAAGCUCUCUGGUGAGAUUCCUCAGCAACUGGCACAGCUUGAUUCUCUCUCAAAGUUUAAUGUCUCUCACAACAAUCUCACAGGCCCUGUACCACGAGGAAUCCACUUCACCACAUUUGACAGCACUUCAUAUCUAGAAAACCAAGGAUUGUGCGGAGAUUUCUUGCCAAAGAAAUGUGGAAAUUCUGUGGGCACUCAACUUCCACCUUCAACAUCAGAAGAUAAUGACUCGGGCUCUGGAAUUGAAUUGGAUUGGAAAUUUGUUGUGGCAGGGUCAGGGAGUGGCUUGUUGGUGGGAGUGGUUGUUGCAGACUUUGUGAUUACCAAGUGGAAUGUGUGGUUCAUUGAGAUUGUUGCAGUACUGAUCGUGUUUUCAAAAAGGAUAAGAAAUUGAGUGUUGGAUCAUGCAUGUUGCUCUUUGUUUUUAAGUUGUGUUUCCAAUUUCUUAUAUGUAUGCAUUCUUAGGUAGGGAGGAUUUGUAACUUUCAGGAGUUUUACUUGUACGGUUGUGCAAUCCCUCUUUAUUUGUGGUAGCAAACAUCACAAGAUCAAAAAGAGAUUGGAGCCAAUUACGGCGUCGUUUCAAGCCCCAAAAUCACAUUCAAGACAUUUAUUACCAUUCCGAAAUUGGUUCAGAAUCACGAGUACAGAUUCGGAGCGGCGCCGAAUGUGUUUAGUUGUAAUAUAUUGAUCUAGAGACUGCACCCCAGGUGCUCGACGAAAUGCCUGCCAUGGGAUUUGUGCCUAGUGUGGUGACUUUUACUACCAUUUUGGGUGCCAAGAGAGUGUUUGGUGAGAUUUUGGACAGAGGGUAGUUUCCUGAUGUGACUACUUAUUGAUGGAUGAGGCUAUUAAGGUUAUGGAUGAGAUGGAGGAUAAUGGGGUUGGCGCCAAUGAGGUUACUAAUGGGGUUGUCAUUGAAGCUUAUUGUAAGGAGAAGAUGUUCGAAAAUGGCUGUUUGCCAAACAAGUCUACUUAUGCUAUGUUGAUUGAGGGGCUCUGUGACUCGGGAGAGGAAGCUGAAAUCACUAGAGUAAUAUCUAUGGCAAUGUCAAGUGGGAUCUUUUCCUUACUAAGGUUGUUGGUGAUUUGGAUACUGGGGAAAGUGUUCUAAACAGAAUACUAUUGGAGAAUGCUGAUUAGAGCCCCAGACCUUGUGGCCUUGGAAAAUGCUGACCUUGAUCUCACCCACAGUUUUUCUGAGGUGCCAGUAGAAGUACCUUAUUGGAAUCAAGUCUGCAGGGACCCAAGAUGGGCACUGAUGGUGGAUAUUGGAAGGGGUACCAUUCUUAUUCCUUUACUAAUGAACUCUCUCUCAUGUCUAUUUGUAGAGUAGUCCUAGUGAUUCACAAUUAUGAGCAAUUAGCAUUUCCUCCUGAAUUUGGUUCUUCAAUUAAAAGGCAAGAAUGAUAAUUUUAUUUAGGUAAAGAAGAAGUUGGAAUUUGGUUAAAUCCCUUUUAUCUGUUCUGUUUAAUGUCUGACUCAAUAUGGAUGAUGAUUCUAAUAGAAACCUUGACUGUCAUGCUCCACAGCUCUUGAUUAACCCAUAUUAUGAAAUUAUAACUACAAAUAAAAGAUCCCUUUCAAAAAAAAAAAAAAAAAACUACAAAUAAAAGAUCUGUUGGACACUUCCCUUUUUAUUUUUAGCAUUUGUGGAAUGUUUAUCGAGCUACUUGACUUUAGUUAUAGAGACGAACAACCUCAUAGAUAUUAUGUUAAGACAGAGAUAGGCCAAGGUUAAGAUUGCUCGCAGGACCAAUAUUGCCAUGUCUUGAUGUAUGAGUUACUGUUCUUUGUCUCCUCCACUCAAUCGCAAAAACACAAGAAUAUAUUUAGAGUUUCCAAGCAGAAUGAAAAUCACAGAGAGUUGAGGGCCAAUUUUGGUGUGAUAUCAUCUCCCUAGAUUUUACAAGUUCACAACUAUAUGCAGUGCUGCUGCUAAGGCAUCUCAUAAUACUUGUAGCUGUUGGACUCUCAUAAAUUUGAAGUCACUUUGAUAUCAUAUGGAAUUGAAGAAUGACGUUAAAGGUUGUGGCAAAAAAUUUUAACUGAGCUCUUCAAUAUUAUGAUAUCUCAGGAGCAAUAAAUUUUGUUAGCCGAAUCUUGGUUCUGUGUAUGGGGCAAAAAAUACAUGAGGACCACCAGUUUUGCAUCCUCACUGAACAGAACUCGGUCUCCAUCCUUUCUCUGUAAUCCUUUCCAGUUUCUAAGCUAAUCGAGUGUUACACAUCUUACUAAGGAAAAAAGAAAUUUCAAUGCCAAUUCUUUAUGUGCAGCAUGUCACAGCAAGGAAAUUCUUUGGCAGACUAUCAACUCACUGACCCUUUAGGACAUUCCGGUGGGCCACGAGAGGUGUCUUUAUUAUUGUUACUUCAUUGAUUUACUUACAGGCCCUCAUAUAGCUGGGGAAACUUUUGCAGUGAUGUCAAGAUUACUAUCAACGGCUUCAAAUUUCAAGGAGCAGACAUAGAAAUAGUACAAAGAGGCAUUUUGCAGUUUGCAGUAUGUAUUACCUAUAUCUACACCAGAAGAUACGUGAAUUCAGCAUGAACUAGUUCUGUCUUUACUAGUAGACAGUACCAAACUUUUUUGUUUUUGAAUAAAUGAAUUGAGCAGUUCUUCAGAUAUUUGAUUUUGCUGCCCCUUACAUAAACACUUACAUAGAACAUUCCCAUGCUUUCAAAACUAGCAGUACCUUGGGCGGUUUCUUUCUAAAAAAGAAAACUAAAAUAUAAUUGGACAUAAACUUGUGGGAAAGUUUAAGGUGUGUACCUUUGGGUUAUUUAAAGAUGAUUAUGAGGAAGAUAAAGUGAAGCUCACUUCAAAGCCCAGUUUUAACCUUCGGUCUAUUUACUUUGACAGAAGUAAAAGCCACUCCGUUUCAGCAUUCCUUAAUCCUUACCUGUCAACGCUGUUCAAAACUGGUUGUGUAAUUCGGGGUCUGUAUGUUUUGGUGAGGUUGUUUAAUUCAUUGCUAAUCUAUUUUAGCUAUUGCAAAUGGGGCAAAGAAGACUCCGUGCUGUUUGGUUAGGUUGCAGUUGCAGAGAUGUGCAACUGAGCUUGAUUUUGUAAAGCAGGAGAAAACCAAAUCAUCCGUUUGAGAUUACAGAGUGCUAGUUGGAGGUUGAAGAGGAGUGAAAGUUAAGUGGAAACUGAAGGCAGAGAGAAAGAGUCGUUUCGGUCUCAGAUAACCUGCAUCCCAUUAAGCAAAAUGUUCAUCUUGGUAACUGGCCAUGACUAGUUUACUCCUUGUUGGGAUAUUUCUAUGCCUUGAAGGAGAAACAUCUGUUGAAGGCUUCAAUUUUCAGAGGUCCAGAAACCUCCUCUUCUGAAUAUGCUACUUCUCCUUCUGGAACUAAUUGUGAUGUGUUCUUGAGUUUCAGAGGCAUGGACACUCGCAAGACUUUUACAGAUCACCUCUAUACAGCUCUUGUCAACGCUUGACUCCGUACUUCGGGAGUUGACCCUGAACUUGAGAAGGGAGAAAGUUUCAAGGAAAAUCUAGAGAAAGCACUCCAACAAUCACGAUCGAAGUUCUGUUAUUGUGCUUUCAAAAGAGUGUGCAUCAGGUGGUGCCUUCAUGAGCUUGUGACAAUCCUUGAACGCAAGAGGACCUCCUCUGGUCAACAUGUUCUACCAGUCUUCUACAACGUCGAUCCAUCUCAUGUGAGGAAGCAGUCAGAAAAUCUUGCAAAGAUUCCUAUGUACCAAGACAAUCAGUCUUUGGAGAAGUUAAAUGACUGGCGGGCGGCUAAUAAAGUCUAGUCAUUCAUUAAUAUCUUUACUAAUCUUGAAUCUAAUUUCCUUUUGCUUGUAGGCAUUCUCUUCUGACCACAGUUUCAGGGUCAAGCUGGUAGUGAUGUUUAUAUGUAUUUUGUUGCUGCGUGAUAUCAGCUCUGAAGAUGUUACAAGUUUACAAGAGUAUGGUGCUUCCACUGAAGAGAUGAGUAUCUAUGAUUAUUGGAAAUUGGGUUCCUGGCUGCAACAUAUGCACUCACUCCUCCCAUCUCUUAAGUUUUUGUCAGUAUCAGGUUGCCCAAAGUUGUCAACUAUUGUGGAAGGGGAUUGCCUACACGAUUAAAAUCAUUUGACAUCAGGCAUGGUAAAAAACUCAAUGCAAAAGUUAUGCAGAAUCCGAACAAGGGGCUCCGAAUACUCGCAUUGUCACUUGGCUUUGGUAAACUCUUCUCCGGAAGAGGGGCUGUUUCCCAGCACUCUCACCCAUCUAACGAUCUACCGGGUCUAAAUCUUAAGACCAUGGAUGGCGCCAAGUGGUCUGGGCAUCUCAACUCUCUUGAAAUUUUGAAGAUUAGCUGUUUCUCUGCGCUUCAGUACUUUCCAGACAGUGGACUACCAAGUUCUCUUAAAAUUUUGGAGAUAAGGUAUUGUUAUGCGCUGCAGUGGGUAGUCCUCAAAGUGGACUACCCACUUCUCCUAAGAUUUUGGAGAUUUCGUAUUGCUCUGUGCUGCAGUGCUUGCCAGAAAAUGGGCUACCCAUUUCUCCUUGUGAAAUACAUAUCAUUGGAUGUCACUUGCUAGAGAAACUGUGCCACAGAGAGUGGGGAAUAUUGGCCCAAGAUUGCUCACAUCCCCCACAAAAUGAUCACUUCCAGGCAUUGAGGCUGUCCCAAUUCUUGUAAUCAUCCUCGUAAUCAUGCAAUUACCUGUCAGGUUUAUUUGAAUAUGGAUCCAAAUACAAGCUCUCGAAUGAAGACCGGGACUUGCUUGUCUGGUUGGGAGGUAACUCUGUUGAACAUUUUCCUAUAAGAUCUAACAAGGAAUGUCCACAACAAGAUUCUGGAAGCAUCUCAGUAAGCAAUCUUUUUUCAUGGCCUCAACUCUUGGACCUCCUGGAGAACCGUAUGUUAAAAGAAGGCUAAGAUUGUUCACAUGCUCAAUGUUCGGAUGUCUUGCUGGCAUCAGUUGUAAUUGUGAUUAUCAAAUUCUAAGGUAUUACUGCAAUCUAUGCAUCUUUUAAUCUUUUGCAUUGUAAUUUGUAACACAUAAGUCGGGUUUGUAUUGAACUUCUAAUAGGCUUUUGAACUCGAGUCCACAAUAAUGCCUCAAAGAAAAUGGAAUUGAAGCCUUAGGCAUUGCAUUUUGUAAAAGAUGGGCUUAUAUAUCCUCUAUAUUCUGUUCUCUACAUACAACAUCUCAGUUACGAAAAUUUGUAACCCCUCAUCUCAGCAACCAGAUAUGAUACCCUGAUUAAUUAGAAUAAUUUAAAUUCUGUUCUUGAGAAGGGCUGUUACCCAGGAUUCUCUCUUAUAUCGGGAUGUCUACCUCUUUAUUCUUGAGAAAAUGGAGGGCAUCAAGUUGUUUGGGCAUCUCAACUUGCUUGAAACCUUGAAGAUUGCUCAUGGAUACUGGGCUGCCCACACCUCUCUUUCUUCUGUACGUAUAAUCACUGUUGAAGCUAAUGCUGCUGUGAUAGAGUAAUGCGAGCAGAGUAAUGGCAAGCUAACAAGAAGCAAGAUGGCUGGUCAUGCCAAUGGCGCCUGAGGAAGAUGGCUGGUCAUUAUUUGAAAAAAAAUGCCUUCAAAAUGCAGGUGUUGGUGCGUGCACACAUCUUGGAGGAAUCGGUAGACAAAUUGUUCGAAAGUGCCAGGGUCUUCCUUUGGCUAUAAAGUCCCUUGGGGUCUCUUUAUGAUCUAAUUUAAAUGUGGGUGAAUAGGAAACUAUAUUGAACAGUGACAUGUGGGAGUUGCCUUUGGUGAGUGACAUUCUGCCGUCACUUUGGCUGAGCUAUAUGUACCUGCCUUCACAACUCAAACAUUGUUUUGCAUAUUGUUCCAUAUUUCCCAAGAAUUAUGUGUUCAAAACAUCAGAAUUGGUUUACUUGUGGAAGGCUAAAGAUCUAUUGCAAUCUAAAGAAAACAAACUGCAGAAGAAAUCGGACAA